AUGCCAGCCGCCGCUGCCGACGAAUCCAAGGUCAUCCAGGGCUACGACUUCAAUGGCGCCAUCCAGAAACUCGACAUUGCCCCCCAACCCUCCCUCUACUCGGGCGGCUUCGCAGAUUGCCUCCGCGGCGGCAGUUUAUUCAACUUUUCCAUCUUUGAUGUCGCCUAUUAUAGCGGCAAGAAUGGCCAGACCAUCUUCUUCCAUCUCGAUGGAGCUAGUAAUAUUCGAAAGGAGUCGCUCGCCCUCCAUCUGUCAAUUCAAGCCUACGGCGAGACGCGAUUCAACAUGACGUACGAUCCUUGCAAAGCGCACAUGGACACAUUAUGUCCCCUCACCUCAGAUAAUCGCAUCAGCGCCUUUGCCGUUGUUCCGCUCUCGGCAGAUGAGGUCGCUGGCCUGCCCCAAGUCAUCAUGAACAUUCCCGAUUUUGAGGGGUUUGCGCGUAUCCAAAUCUUUGCCAACUCGACACAGACCGAGAUUGGCUGUUUCCAGGCCGUCAUAUCAAACGGAAAGACGUUAUCGCAGCCCGACGCAAUCGGAACUACCUUGGGUAUCUUUGUCAUUGCCGCUAUGCUCUCCUCCUUCGUCACCGCCGUCUAUGGCAUCAGCAUUCCGCAUAUGCGCAUGCACUACGCCCACUCGUUUUCUGUCCUCAUCGUCUUCGAGACCUUUCAAUACAUAUUCUUCUCUGGUGCACUCUCUGUCAAUUGGCCCAGCGUGCUACCGGCCUGGUGGAGUAACUUUGCCUGGCCCUCGGGCAUGUUUGCCACGCAUGGCCUCGUUCGUUCCAUCAGUUCUUUUACAGGCAACGUCGUCAGCGUGACCCAAGUUGGAGGUGCCGGAUCCGUACCCAUCAACAAUAACGGAGGCUUGACACAGCAGAUCUAUGGACGCGCAGACGCUCAGACAGGAGAGAAGCCUUCACCAAUUAGCGACCUAGAUAGCUACGCCUGGGGUGGCGAGCCCAAUACACCUGGGAUGCCCAUGCCAGGUACCUGGCCCGGUCUUCCUGGAACACUUUCCGAGCUCAAUAUCCCACCGGCAGAGGCCUUCACCUUGGCCCUGAUCUGGUUCAUGGCCAUGCUUGGCCUCGUCAUGGUGCUGAUGGUGCUGUUCAAGUUCACACUGGACAUAUUGAUCAGAUUCAAGGUGCUAAAAACCGAUGGCUUCAACUACUUCCGCAGCCACCUUGGCGGAUAUCUCGCAUCUGCCCUACUGCGCACUUGCUUCAUUGGCUUCUUUGUUAUGACUACUCUUGCCAUGUAUCAAUUCUCUCUCCGUGGCCCGGACGGACCAACCGCUAUUGCUGCCAUUGUCUUUUUACUUUUCUUGAUUGGAAUUGGAGGCUCAGCUGCCUAUGCCUGCUACUUUCGGCUUCGACAUGGCAAGUACUCUACCGCACCCGAUGCUAUUCGAUUCGAAAGCGCGAAGCUCUUUAAGAAGGUCCCGUUCGUGUCUGCCGUUCGAAAUAGUGAGCGCGCCGAACAAGAGACGGCCGAGCAACACCGCUUAUACGCCUCUGUGCCCAUCACCAGGAUCGUCUAUACCGACGACGACCCGAAUCGCCCGACUGUUCACCAAGACGCGGGUUUCAUCAAGCGAUUCGGCUGGCUCUCUGGUCGCUAUCGUCGCACUCGCUGGUGGUAUUUUGCCGUCUAUCUCGGAUAUCAGUUUGUUCGUGCAUGCUUCCUGGGCGGAGGUGCUCGCACGCCAUUGGCCCAAGUUUUUGGACUUUUUCUAUUUGAGAUUAUUGCCUCGGUCGUCAUCAUCAAAUUAGCGGCAUUUGAGGGCUCUCGCAACUCGGUAGUCGCUGUUUGGAUGAUGUCGAUUGCAAAAGUCAUCACAACUGGCCUGUCCAUUGCCUUUAUUGCCGAAUACAACUUGAACCGAAUUGGCGCCACCGCGAUUGGUCUCAUUAUUGUUGUGGUGCAGGCUUUCCUUGCAGUCGUUGUUCUAAUACUUGCUGCACUGGGCAUCAUGUCGUCCUGGAUGUCGCUGUCGCGCAACAAGGAAGAAUUCACAGAACCGUUUGUCGAUAUGCGUGUCAAGUACUUUGAACAUAUGCAGAAGCGCACCGAUGACCUACCUGCACCGCCCAAGCCAGAGGAGACGGAACCAGAGCCUACGGAGCCUGGCUUCAACGUACGCACUGUUCGGCGAGCUCCCAAGAUUGAGGAUGAGGAUGAGCUAGGAGAAAUGUCGGGCCCGCAGCCCGGAUUCACGGGACAGGCUGUUGGUGGUGGUCAGCGAAGUCGCGCAAACAGCGCGAGCUCGCGCUACUCUACUAGCAGCAUCCCCCGCGCGGCUCGUGUUCAUCGAGCCUCGUGGAGCUCCAAGGAAUUUGCGCAGAUGCAGUCUGAAAUGAUGAGCCGACCUGAAACCCAAAGAGGUACUCAUUCUAGGAGCAACUCGCAACGCAUGUCGUCGACAAGCAUUGCUGCUCUUUUGGCUGCCGACUCACCGGGCACGAGCACGCCCAGUCGAAGACCGAUGACUCCGACGCGCGAGUCCUCAGAAGAUGUGAGGGAUAAUUCGGAAAUUACAACGUCUGAGACGACGCCCACGAAGCACAACGACGAACAACUCGACGAGGAAAAGAUGGAGGCGGCUCAACUCUCGGAGAAGACGGGGAAGCAGGCUGAGAAUGAGGAGGCAUCCGAGGCCCCCAUUGAGAUCGAGCCUGCAGCGAAUGCCGAGAAAGCAACAAAUGACAAGGCCGAUUUAUAA